AUGAAAAGAUGUAGUCUAAUGGCUGCCCCGGAAAGUCGGGAAGAUCGGGAAUCCAGUGACGGCUUUACGAUUGUAGUCAUGGUCACGGUACUGGAGAAACGAAGCGUUACUCCGGACUGUGAAAUGAACCAGAAUAUCUACAAAGGGCUGAAGAUUAUCACGGCAAAAGUGGAACAACAAGAUCGCAGCCUGAGAGAGCUGGAGGAAAAAACCCCAUAG